AUGAUUCUCACCUGUAAUGUCCCACCUGUCCGCACUUAUAACAUACUCCUUGCCCUUGAACAAACUUCCCCUUCUUUUGGUGUUUCUGUUGAAAUGAUUGAUGACUCUGCGCCUGACCACCUUGAGAUCAUGAUGAUGAAGUUCUUUGUCUCUUACCAAAGCCACCUCAGGAAUGUGAAUCAAGAUCGUGAACUAGACUCUCUAAUUCUCCUGGUGUCGUCCAACUCCCUUUCGGCAACUAGUGCAGCCUCAACCACUUUGGCAUAG